AUGAGCCAGCAGUAUUUCCCCAGCGAUGGAUGUCCGUCCGCCGGGGAAGGAUCAUCAAAACAAUCUCUGGAGUCCUCCACGCCACCCUUCCCUCGCCAUGCGCCAGAUUACAUGGUUGUCGGGUCCGGAUCUGCUUCGGAGAAUGCGACAUCGCUGAUAACAUCGCUGAAUCAAGACUCGGGUUAUGGAAGCGUUAUUGGAGAUGCAUACCGCGAUUCUGCGGAAGCAUGGCAUGCAGGGCUCAUGGAAGAUAGACCAACGCCGGCACAUACUCCCAUUUUGCCUGGACACUCGUACCUCAGUGGUCAGUACUCUGAAUACGGUCUUUUCAACGCAAACCGGACACAACUCGGUCGUUAUAUAACCAGAGCUAUUGAUCUCUUGAAAGAACUUCAGGAAAUGAACCGCCAGUGGCCUGCGCAUUACCCGUCAAUCUCUCCGAGCCAGGUACCCCCGAACAGGCCCAGCUUGACUCCCGUUAGAUCUUAUACCGGAACAGAUUUCACUUUUCCUGAUUCGUCACCCAGACCGGGUCAGCUACGACGAGCAGCUACGUCGAUUACGGGCACCACGGAGACCGAAUCCGGCGCCGCAACAGAGAAGCGGGUUUCCCAGGAACCCAGACUCAUUACGCCGCAGAUUGCCCGGGAGUUCUCUAUUUUGAAGCUGGACCUAAAGUUAGGAACCAUGUCGCAAGCCGAACUUGUGCAUUCCCUGGAAAAGGGCUCAAUCGCCUCCUUGUUGGACGGAAAAGUCAGCUCAAGCAUCAAACACUUACUUUCACUUCGAGACAGGAUAGACGAUACUUCGAGCAAAGUCCUGGUUACUGGUGACCUUAACGCAGGGAAGUCCACUUUCUGCAAUGCGUUGUUGCGCCGCAAGGUUCUGCCCGAAGACCAGCAACCAUGUACAAGCAUUUUUUGCGAAGUGAUUGAUGCAAGAGAAAACGGAGGUGUGGAGGAAGUCCAUGCAAUCCACAAAGAUUCAGUGUACAACAGGAACGAUGAGAGCACCUAUGACGCGUACUCGUUGGACGAUCUCGAAUGCCUCGUUGUCGAUAACACUAAAUACAUGCAAUGCAAAGUAUAUAUCAAAGAUACUAGGGCCAUUGAUGAAUCUUUACUAAAUAACGGAGUCGUUGAUAUUGCACUUAUUGAUGCUCCUGGCUUAAAUUCAGACUCAGUGAAGACUACGGCAGUGUUUGCGCGGCAAGAGGAAAUUGACGUCGUGGUCUUCGUUGUUUCUGCUGCGAAUCAUUUCACCCUUUCGGCAAAAGAGUUCAUUGCAAAUGCCGCCCAUGAGAAAGCCUAUAUCUUCAUCGUCGUCAAUGGCUUUGACAAUAUCCGAGAUACAAACCGUUGCCAGCGCAUGAUUCUUGAUCAAGUAGCAAAAUUAAGUCCUCGUACUUACAAAGAGUCUGCCGAGCUGGUUCAUUUUGUUUCGAGUAAUGCUAUUCCUGUUAUGGCAGCCCCCGGUGGCUCUGGAGGAGAUGGCGAUGAUCAUGGUAACGACAAGGAUGACGAAGAUGACGGUUCCGCCGACGAUGGGAAAGUAGCGGACAUAAAUGAGGAUAAAGGCAAGGGCAAGGAAAAGGAAAAGAUACAAGAUUUUGAAAAUUUAGAGGGCGCAUUGCGCCGUUUUGUUCUUGAAAAGAGGUCCCGAUCCAAACUGGCUCCAGCCAGAACCUAUCUUCUCAAUAUUUUCAACGAUUUGCAUACUCUUGCUUCCGUCAACCGUGAUGUUGCGGCAUCAGAACUUGAUCGAAUGUCGAAAGAGUUUGAUGAGCUCGUACCCGCCUACAGCAAGGCUAGCAAACAGAGGAUAGAAGUAGGUGAGAAGGUGGACAAGUCUAUCGAUGACACUUGCGAUGAUGUAUACAAUCACACUCGAUCAUCGCUUUCAAAAACGAUAUCAAACGUUGCGGAUAGUGAUCUGGGUGUUGAGUAUCCCGGUCUUUUUGCUGUUUUCCAGUAUGCGGAAGAUCUCAAGACGGCAAUGCUAGAUCAAGUAUCUGCCUGCGCAACUCGGUGCGAAGAUUAUGCAAGGUCAAAAUCCGUCCAGGGUGUCAAUAUGAUUCACCGCCUCGGUUUACUGCACGUUGGAGACGACAAGUUUCCUAGCCUCACGUUCCGUGCUGAAGUGAUGUUCCGCCAGCCAAAACACUCUCUCGCCCGACAGAUAGAUACUGAUAUUGAAUUAUGGGAUUUCAUCGAUCUUCCCGGUCUCUGGGAACGCCAAGAAAAGGUUGCCGGGACCGGUAUGGCUGUCACCGUAAUUGGCGUGGUUGGAGGAAGAGCGCUUGGUGGUGUUGGCUGGAUCGAUGGUGUAUUCGGUGCAGCGCGAAUCCUCGGCCCAAAUAAUCUCCGAAGAAUGAUAAUUCCUGGUAUUCUUGGAGCUGCCAUCCUUACCGCAGCGUACAUCAUUUCUCAAAUCCCCAAUUCUCUCCCGUCCCGCCUCUCACGCAAGAUAUCCACCACACUUGCGGAAAUCGAUUAUGUUCAUUCCAACGCCGGGCGCAUAUCAUCUGAAGUUGGUCGUGUUUUGCGAAUGCCCGCAAAUAGGCUGCACACUGCCCUCCAGGUUGCCGUAGAGGAUCUUGCUAAACGCAAGGAUGAAGUGGGAAAAGUGAAACAUGAAAGUGAGGUUGCCCGAAAGUACUUUUCUAACCUCUUCCGCGAGAGUGGUGAUACAAAAAGGGCUGUUGAGUUACUUGACCUUGAGGCUGCUAUUCCAGGAGUAUGA